AUGAGUUCUUCCGGCCCCCCCAAACCUAUCUUCGGUAUCGAGAUCGAGAUCUUCGUCAAGGUCAAGCGUGACGUUGAGCGCGAUGUGCAAGCACACCGAUCGCGCGGCUCGUCGCUGCCGACACACUGGCAGGAAUGGAGCUUUUCCUUGACCAACGACCGGCCGAACAGCAGCGAUACAUUCAACCGGCAAGCCCGGCAGCGCGCCUGCGUUAAGUUGGCCCUCACGUCGCUGAUCAAUGACGCUUUGGGCCGGAACCACGGGUGGAAAUGGGGUAUUGAAAUCAUCUCGCCGCCCAUGUCCAUCGCGAAGCGGUGGCAGAGCGAGAUCCGCGAGGUGUUCGACGCCAUCGGCGAGCAGUUUGAGCUGUGGACACACCCGGUCACGUCGUGCCACGUGCAUGUGUCGCCUGGCCCGACGUCCAAGACCAAGUACAAGGCGAGCCAGAUGGUGCGCAUCGCCAAAGGCGCCUUCUACUGGGAGGACGCGCUUCGCAGUUUGCUGCCUCACGACCGGCGGAGGAACGACUACGCCAAGGCCAACCACAAGGCCUUCGCUACCAGUCUUUACAACAACGUCGAGCGAAACGGUUGGAAGCCGGUGUUCAACGCCAUCGAGAACGAAAUGGACCGUUUUGAGAACCAUCGGCAGGGCCAACUCAAGUGCUUCGCCAUCAAGAUUGCCGGCGGCCAUCUCUCGCACCCUAACGCCAAGUACCGCAAGGAGCGCUACCUGUCCAUGAACUUCCUACCCUACACCCGUAUCGGCACCAUCGAGUUCCGCCGGCAGGGCGGUGUCGCCUCGGCCCAGUCCGCCAUCCACCGCGUGCUGCUGGCCGUCUCGCUGCACAUCUCGGCGCGCAAGUUCGACUUCAACGCCGUCGCGAACAAAAAGUCGUACCCGAAGACCGAAGAUCUCAUCCAAGAGCUCAAGGCCGUCAUCGCGAGCAUGCCCAAGACCUGCCACGGCACCAAGUUCGUCGGCUACCUGCGCGAGUGCGUCGAGAUGUACGGCCACCGAGAGCCCAUGUCUGAACGUGCCGUCAACGCCCGUGAGCGUCGUCUGCACGAUACCUCGGGCUCGUCGGUCAUGUCCGUGCCCAGCACCGGGCCAGGGCGGGUCUCCACGGGCAUGGGCAGCGGAAAUACGCCGCGGCGUACUGGGCCACCUCCGGCACGAGGCGGUGGCCGUGGUGGUCGCGGUGGUGGUGGUGGUGGUGGCCGUGGUGGUGGUGGUGGUGGUGGUGGUAGUGAUGUUGUGUUGAGAUCCAAAAACGUUGAGGUGAGAGUGAACUGA